AUGGUUGUGUAUUGAUCAGCUGUUCACUUUUUCAGUUGUCAUAUGAUUAAUUUACACAUUUUAGGGGAGUUUCUGCAUGUAAAUCUGUGAAAAUGGAAUACGUUAACUUUAUUCUGUGUGUGGCAAUUAUAAUAAUGGCUAGAUCAUUCGGUGUUUCAUUCAAAACUGUUUCGGGAGGACCAAUUUUCGUUUCAGAGAUGUCAAUGGACAGUGUAUACAAAGGUUCAAAGUUCAGUAAUGACAAAGAUUACAUGCAGAAAAGACAACUUUUUAUUGACACAGAGGCCCAGGAACGGGUUGGUGGUGAAAUAGUGAUGAACCUUGACGAAAAAGCACUAAACAAUAGAAUCUUGGCAAUGAAAAAGAAAGAGUAUGAUGCAGCCCAUUAUCAGGGCGGUUCGUUUGCUCCACAAAUUAACUUCCUUCAAUCCAAACCGUUGUAUGAAAAAAGUGACAUCUUCAAAUUGAUUCAGAAAAUGCCAAAAGGUGGUGCUCUCCACUUACAUGACGUAUCAAUAACGGACGUGAACUGGCUCGUUGGUAACGUAACUUACCGAGACCACUGCUACAUGUGUAACGACGUUAACGCCAACGACAGCAUCGUCUUCCACUUCUUCCAGAAUCCGCCAUCAAACCCUGGGUGUCCAUGGAAGUUGGUGAACGAUGUCCGGGCGAAGUCCAAUAAUGUCACAGCUUUUGAUCAAAUGCUUCUGGAGAGCAUGGUGAUGACGCCUGACCUGGCUGUCGGAGACAUUAACAUGAUAUGGAAGGCGUUCGAGGGCGCCCUCAUCCGCGCUGAGGGCCUCAUCUUCUACAAACCCGUCUUCAAGGAUUACUUUUAUGAGGCAUUGACAGAGUUCCAGGCAGAUAAUGUACAGUACAUGGAGUUGCGCGCGCUUCUCCCGGAGGUGUAUGAGCUGAACGGUACGAUCAUUGCGCCCCGCGACGUGAUGCAGAUCUACAAGGAUACCAUCGAGGAGUUCAAACACGACAACCACGACUUCACAGGCGCCAAAAUCAUCAAAACGAAUAUCAGGUUUUUUAACAACUCGUUUAUCCUGGAUGACAUCAAGACGUCUGUUGAGCUGUUGGCAGCGUUUCCGGAGCACUUCGCGGGUUACGACCUGGUGGGACAAGAGGACCCGGGCCGCACCCUGCUGUCGUACCUAGACGACCUGCUAUACCCGUCCACCCUAGACCCACCCGUCAACCUACCAUACUUCUUCCAUGCUGGAGAGACAACCUGGCAGGGCACGAAGGUUGACGACAAUCUGGUUGACGCGGUGCUUCUCAACACAAGCAGGAUAGGCCACGGGUACGCCGCCACCAAACACCCGGAAGUGCUAAAGGUCAUCCGCAAUAACAAGAUCGCCAUAGAAAUAAACCCCAUCUCUAACCAGGUAUUGAAGCUAGUGGACAACCUGCAGAACCACCCGGGCGCGGCGCUGCUGGCGGGUGGAUAUCCGGUGGUGAUCAGCUCGGACGACCCCGUGAUCUGGGGCGCCACAGGCCUCUCAUACGACUUCUACGCGGCCUUCAUGGCGCUCGCCGGCCAGGACGAUGGCCUUCCAGUGCUCAAGCAGCUCGCGAUGAACUCUCUAAUUUACAGCGCGAUGACUGACGCGGAGAAAGUGGUAGCCAUCAAGGCGUGGGAGGUGAAGUGGAACGCGUUUGUUCGGGCUGCUCUCCAUGACACCGCUCCGGCCGCGUGAUUCGCACAUGCUUGAUUGACGCCGCGUGCAAUCAACCGUAAACUGAACAGCGAAAUAAUGUUUAUCACCUAUUUUUAUCAUUUUGUAUCAAUCAUGGUUGUAUUAUACAUUACUGUCGUAAGAUAUUAGCUGGCCUCUUAUUUCUCGAAAUUUCUUAAGCAUACCAAGCGUAAGUAGCGUAUUCUCCCGAAAUCAAAAUUUGACUUCGUAUACUUAUGUUUAUAGUGAUUAUAUUAAGUUUUUAACUCUUAGUAAGUAUGUAAAUUUAACAGAAAUUAUAUUUAAACAAAUAAAGAGAGCUUACCGUGAUCCUGUUAUAAGGGACUUCGGAUGUUUCUGUAAGAAGGGGCCAGUAGGUUGUUUUCUUCCGGUGAACCCAACCAUCAUGGAAGACUGUGAUAUUGAUUUUAUUGCAAAGUAUUCAUUGUAUGGGUUUAGCCCAUAAAGGUGCCUUUCACCUCUUAACUUAUGUUUUUAACUCAAACAUUUUGCCAAUGGCUAUUUUAUUUUAACACAAUCAGAGAUUUAAUGGAUGGACAGUAUACCUAAACCAUUUCUCUCUAAUAUUAAGUUAUAUUUUACAACCUUUUUUUGAAGUUUACUAACAGUAUUCUGCGGUAUCUUUUGUGUGUUUCAUAAUCUAUGUUUUAUGUAAUUAAUUCGGUGUGCGAACGUAUAUAUUUAAGGAUCGCACAGCUGACAUAGUAACAGGUAACAUGGAUUUUUUAGCGAAAUGUUUACUUUUCUAGGAACCUUUUCCAUGCAAAAUGGUAGGGUUUGAAAAUGGAUUUUUUUUACGAUUAAGUCACUGUUCAAUGGGAAAUGUACUUUCUCAAGAACAUUUUAAAAUCCUUUGAACCCAUUUUUUUCAAUUUGAAAUGCGAUCAUGUUUUGACAUACUUUAGCCAAUAUUAUAAAAAAAAUCACCCAAAGCCGUUGGUCUACAUUCUACAUGGUAAAUAGUUGUCGUUCAUUUUAUUAAAUCCGUCAUGAGUGUGUCAGUGUAUUAACACUUCAGUAUAUGGAUAUAUUCCUUGAAAAGUCGCUGGAGUAUUUUAGACCUACACUUUUCUUUGUGUACUAUGUUUCAUACUAGUCCUUAUCUGAACAACCGAAAACAUUAUUUGCUCAGCCUCGUUUAAUUUUGUAUGUGCAAUAUUGCGCGAAUGAAUGUGAUUUUUACAUGAUUGAAAGAGGAAAUAUAUUAGCACUUUAUUACGUUUUUAUGUCUAUGUGUAUUUAACUUUAAAAGUUUUACCGUUACAUCACUGUAUUUAUUCCUCAGGGAAGAUAACUGUACAAUCCUUUAUUCAGCUCUUUAUUAACGUUUUGUUGCUUGUUCGAUGAUAAUAUGAUGUGAGGAUAUUUUACAUGUAUAUAGGUGUAUGUCCAUUCAGAGCGUAUUUGUAAGGAGACAUGUUUGUGGUGCAUAGAUUGGGUUGUUGUGAUAUUGUUGUUUUGUACGCUUACAGUGAUUUGCGUUUUGCUUUAAAAAAUGAUUUUAACACGAUCCUAUGACUCCGUGUUUGGCAAAUAUUAUCCAUCAUUUAAAGUUGUAUGUUUUGUGAAAUACCCCAUAAAUUCAUAGGUUUUGAUGGAAUAUUUAUUGUUACGCUUAAUGUCAGAAAUUAAUGAUGAAGUGUUAUAUAUUAGGUUUGAUAAUAACUAAUACUAUUGUCAACAUGCUGCCUCAAAGUUAAUGUCACUAAAGUCCAUCAUACUGGGUUCUAUUUCACCAUUCAAUAUGGACGCUGUUUGUCGACUGUUUAUGCUGUUUUAUAGUCAUUAUGUUAUUACAGGAUAACUAUUUAUCUUAACCUUCAUGAAUAGUUUUUGUAUUCAUAUAACAUUGAUGAUUUGUAUACAUGAUGAUUAUUGAAUUGAUAUCAUAUUCUUGAAAACUAUUUUUAAAAUUAAUGAGCCGGUCUUACUAGUAUAUGUACAUGUAUGACUUGUGCUUUGUCUUUACUUUCAUAGACGUAUAACAACAAAUAAAUGAUAUAAAUUGU